GCUGUCUGUCACAAGCACAGCUGUUUGGGGCUCAGGUGGCAGACGGUAGCGCAGGUAAAGUGCGAGCUGAAGGAGAGAUGAACGGACCAGCAGGGCUUGUGCACUUGGGCCGUCGCGAGCGAGUUCUCAAGUUAGGCGAGAGUUUCGAGAAGCAGCCGCGCUACGCCUUCCACACUGUGCGCUAUGACUUCAAACCUGCCUCUAUUGACACUUCUUGUGAAGGACAGCUGGAGGUCGGCCAAGGUGAGCAGGUGACGAUAACCCUGCCAAAUAUAGAAGGUUCAACUACACCAGUAACUGUUUUCAAAGGUUCAAAGAAACAAUACUUAAAAGAAUGCAUUUUGAUUAUUAACCAUGACACUGGAGAAUGUCGUCUAGAAAAACUAAGCAGCAACAUCACUGUAAAAAAAACAAGAGUUGAAGGAAGCACUAAAGUUCACCAUAAUAUGGAACAACAGCAGCCGCAACAUAUGCGAAAUUCAAGUAAGACUCCCGAUUUUGCAAAGCAUUCUCCACCUGAAGACAAGAUGUCCCCAACAUCUCUAAUGGAUGAUAUUGAAAGAGAACUGAAGGCAGAAGCUAGUCUAAUGGACCAGAUGAGCAGUUGUGAUAGCUCGUCAGAUUCCACAAGUUCAUCAUCAUCAAGUAGUGAAGAUAGUUCUAGUGACUCAGAUGAUGAAGAGGGCAGAUCUUCUACUCCAAGGAGUUGUGUCUCAGGACAUCCUACCAUGUCCGACAUAUCUCAGUACAGGAUUUCUGAUACAGCUACUGGUCAUAAUCGAUUUCCUGACAACAGUGCCAUUCUGAUGAACACUUUACGUAAUGAUUUGCAGCUGAGUGACUCAGGAAGUGAUAGUGAUGACUGAAGACAUAUUUACCUAUAAAUAUAACAUUUACAAGAUAUAUGUUUAUUUUGUAUUAAAAUAAGAACUCCUAAAAGUGUGAAUAAUAUGAAACUUUUGAUAAUAAAAGAAAUUAAAUCUGA